CCACUUAGGAACUUUCUUCACGGUCUUUCCCAGAGCGGAAUCCAGUGGAUAUUCAGUUUAGAAACCUAAAAGGGGUGGUGCCUCUCCUUUGACUCUAGCAAAGGGACACCAGAAAACCAAACACUUUCAAAGGACUGAGCUUGGCGUCUUCUGACAACAGUCCACCGACGGCCUUCUGCAGGCAACCUUAGGUUCCCCCGGACUUGGAGCAGAAUGCUGGGGGAGUCGGUGCUGCCUCAACCUCCCUCAGGGUGGCACCGGGAAGAGUAGGUUAAAUGCGUAAGAGGAGGCACUCUCGCUCUCCUCCGAAGCCGCCGACGAACUGGCCUAAAAUAAAAAGGUCUCUGUCUGCAAUCCCCGUUUGCUCGCCCGGUAAUCCACCCCCCCGCCCCCAGCCCGCGCGCCGACCCGUACAGCUGUUUUUAAUCCCUACUUUUCUCACUUGGCGUCCGGGCUGGGGCUGACCAGACGCGGAGCCACUUAGUGUUUCCUCCUCCCCCAGCCGGGGUCUGUCCUGCCUCCGCCGUCUCCUCUUUCUCCGCCUGCAUCCCCCGGGGGGCAGAGUGUGGGAAGAACGAAUUUCCGCCGGGUUUGCUUGCUCCUCGCCGACAUGGGUCCCUUCCGGACGCAGCCUGCACGGCCUCCAGGCUGCCCACUCCGGCUGCGCUCCGACUCCCCCCGGACCGCGAACGAGCAGGCGCCGGAGACGCGGGCCUAGUGGCCGGUGCUCUGCAGCCAAGCCGCACCCCAGCAGCUCUUGGAAGGGAUCCCGCCUGCAGUGGGGGAAUCCGCUUGGCGGGGAGAAUCCGCGCCAGGGAAUCCAGCUCUCCGGACUCGAGCGCAAACAAAAAGCACCAACUCUUGCUGGUUCCUCCCGCCCCCGACGCGCAGCCGAAGAAACACUUUUCUGCAGAAAUGCAACAAGUAGCACCCGGGGCUCUUCGAGCGCCCAGCGCCUCCUGAUUUGGCUCCGCGAAGCCCGCCUGCGGAGACCCGGGCCAGCCACCCGGACAAAGGGCGGAGGAAGGGCUGGACUGAGCAGCAGAGAAGUCCGAAAGAGGCCUUUUAGCGACUCUGGCCCGGCCGAGGGGAAUGCAGAGGAGACACAGAGCCGGCCGGCCCAGAGGACGAUCCGGCCGCAGAGCGCUGGACGGGCGGCGAUGGAGGGUGUCGGCGCCGUGCGCUUCUGGCUCAUGGUGUGCGGCUGCCUGGCGUUCCCGCCGCGGGCAGAGUCCGUGUGCCCCGAGCGCUGCGACUGCCAGCACCCCCAGCACCUCCUGUGCACCAACAGGGGGCUCCGUGCGGUGCCCAAGACCAGCUCACUGCCUAGUCCCCAGGACGUGCUCACCUAUAGCUUAGGCGGCAACUUCAUCACCAACAUCACCGCCUUCGACUUCCACCGCCUGGGGCAGCUCAGACGGCUAGACCUGCAGUACAACCAGAUCUGCUCUCUCCACCCCAAGACCUUCGAGAAGCUCUCGCGCCUGGAGGAACUGUACCUGGGGAACAACCUCUUACAGGCGUUCGCUCCUGGCACGUUGGCUCCGCUGCGCAAGUUGCGCAUCCUCUACGCCAACGGUAACGAGAUUGGCCGCCUUAGCCGUGGCUCCUUCGAGGGCCUGGAGAGUCUAGUCAAGCUACGACUGGACGGGAACUCUCUAGGGGCACUACCGGAUGCAGUCUUCGCUCCCCUGGGCAACCUGCUCUACCUACACCUGGAGUCUAACCGGAUCCGCUUUUUGGGCAAGAAUGCCUUCACCCAGCUGGGCAAGCUUCGAUUCCUCAACCUCUCUGCCAACGAGCUGCAGCCCUCCCUGCGCCAUGCAGCCACCUUCGUCCCUCUGCGUUCCCUCUCCACUCUCAUCCUCUCCUCCAACAACCUGCAGCACCUCGGCCCCCGCGUCUUCCAGCACCUGCCACGCCUGGGCCUGCUCUCCCUCAGCGGCAACCAGCUCACACAGCUCGCGCCAGAGGCCUUUUGGGGCCUGGAGGCCCUGCGCGAGCUGCACCUGGAAGGCAACCGGCUGAGCCAGCUUCCCCUGGCCCUGCUGGAGCCCCUGCACAGUUUGGAGGCCUUAGAUCUGAGCGGCAAUGAGCUGUCUGCUCUGCACCCUGCCACCUUUGGCCACCAGGGCCGGCUACGUGAGCUCAGCCUACGCGACAACGCGCUCAGAGCCCUUUCUGGAGACAUCUUCGCCGCCAGCCCGGCUCUCUACCGCCUAGAUCUAGAUGGCAAUGGUUGGACCUGCGACUGCCGGUUGCGGGGUCUGAAGCGCUGGAUGGGCGACUGGCAUUCUCAGGGCCGUCUUCUUACCGUCUUCGUGCAGUGUCGCCACCCCCCGGCCCUGCGGGGCAAGUACCUGGAUUACCUGGAUGACCAGCUGCUGCAGAAUGGGUCUUGCGUGGAUCCCUCACCUUCCCCUACAGCAGGCAGUAGGCAGUGGCCUCUAUCCACAGCCACAGGGGAGAGGAUGACGCCCCCUACAGGGGGUCUCGCGCAGGAGCUGCCGCCGCAACCCCAGCCCCAGCAGAGAGGGAGACUUCUACCAGGAGUGGCCUGGAGCGGGGCUGCCAAGGAGCUCGUAGGCAACCGAAGCUCAGUAAGACUGAGCCGGCGGGGUCCAGGCCUGCAGCAUCAGGGCCCCUCUACCGCUGCUGCUUCGGGUCCUGUCCCACAGUCCAUGGACCUGCACGAGAAGUCUGAGCGAGGAGGUCCCACCCGUGCCAAUCUUGCCCAGGCAGAGCCCACCCCGACGGCUGAGCCCGCCUCUGGGACACCAUCUGCCAGAGACAGCUGGCAGCGCGCAGCGAAGCAGCGCCUGGCCUCGGAGCAGCAAGAGCGAGAAGUCCUGUCCGAUGGUGGGGUCGGCUUGCCACCGCUGGUAUCUGACCCCUGUGACUUCAACAAAUUCAUUCUGUGCAACCUGACAGUGGAGGCAGUGAGCGCCAACAGCGCCUCGGUGCGCUGGGCGGUUCGCGAGCACCGCAGUCCCCGGCCGCAGGGCGGCGCACGCUUCCGCCUGCUCUUCGACCGCUUUGGCCAGCAGCCCAAGUUCCAGCGCUUCGUCUACCUGCCCGAGCGCAGCGACUCGGCCACACUGCACGAGCUGCGCGGAGACACUCCUUACCUAGUGUGCGUGGAGGGCGUGCUCGGGGGCAGAGUUUGCCCCGUGGCCCCCAGGGACCACUGUGCGGGGUUGGUAACCCUGCCGGAGGCACGAGGUCGAGGCGGCGUCGACUACCAGCUCCUGACCUUGGUCUUGCUGGCUGUCAACGCACUGCUGGUGCUCCUGGCUCUGGGGGCCUGGGGAUCGCGGUGGCUGCGAAGGAAGCUACGUGCCAGGCGGAAGGGAGGGGGCCCGGUCCACGUUCGCCACAUGUACUCCACCCGACGGCCACUGCGGUCCAUGGGCACUGGUGUGUCCGCGGACUUCUCGGGCUUCCAGUCUCACCGGCCCCGCACCACCGUGUGCGCGCUCAGCGAGGCGGACCUCAUUGAGUUUCCCUGCGACCGCUUCAUGGACAGCACAGGAGGUGGGGCCGGGGGCAGCUUGAGGCGAGAGGACCACCUCUUGCAAAGGUUUGCUGACUAGGUUUAGUGCCUCGAUGGAUGUGGAAACCAUCUCGCUGGCCUUGAGGAGCCUCCCUCUGUGGCCCCAUGUCAUCUCAGAGGAAGACCUUGUUUUAUUACACCUCUUCUUUCUCUUUUUUUGUGCAUUUGCUGAAGCCAAGUGGUACUGAAAGUGAAUCUGGACGCCACCCUUCACGUCCCAGUACUCACAAAGCAAAUGGAUGGGCUUUGGUUGUCAAACCCAAGAGCAGGGACCAAUGGAUGAUGGGGUAAAGGUGGGAAGCCUUGGCACACCUUGGGCAUGGCUCCUGUGGCAGGGCAGGGUUCCUGUGGCGAGGCACGGCUCCUGUGGCAUUGCAGCACAGUAACCUGACCAACCUUGAGCUACAAAGGGUGCUUUAUGCUUGCACCAUGACCAGAGGACUCCUGUUUGUACUUUGGUUUGCUCUAUGGCAGGGUUCUGUUCCCAGUUAAGGAAAGGGGAACUUACCACCAUCACAAAGGGGGUCCGGCAACUGACCCCACCAAUCUGGUGGUCUCUGCCAGGAUGGGCAGGGUAAAUAAAUAGGUGCCAUACUCAUCCAGGAAGCCUUUUCUGUUGGCUGGUAGAGCUCCCUGGAAGCCUUAAGGUUUAAACAAUCAGAUGCUAUCUUUUCCAACAAGAUGAGGAACAUUUAAUAAACUGACCAGUAAACUCAACAACUCUUGAUUGGACAGGAUCCCGUCUACUGUUUAUCCUGUGCAGGAUGUGACCUUUUGCUGACCUUUGGUUAACUGAGAUUGUUCUCAAGAGGAAGCUGCAUGCGAUACUUCUCCACCAGGCUUGCUCCUGUGGUUUUAAUUUUAUUUUUAAAAUCUAUAUAUGGAAAAAGUGAAUGCCAGAUUUGAUUAAAAUAAUGCAACAUGUAGGAAACCCAUGGCCCCCUAGGGCAUGCCAGCCCUCCAGCUCACUUACCACAUUCUGAUAGCAUGUCUAGAUGGGUGCAAAUGUGACCUACUUCUCAUUACAUUUCAUCGAUGUCCCGCCCUUCCUGACAGCACCUAUUUCUGACUUGCACGGUUAGGCGAUAAGCAUAAGGUAAUUGUCAGGCUGGGGACUGGGUUCCGUGGUGGCCCUUGUUUGUGAAGCUCUGAGUGCAUCCCACUACCACAAAACAGAGCAAGGGGGGAUGAUCUAUUAGUAGUGUAGUCUCUGACCACAUUAUAAUAGAAGAUAAGAAGGACUUGUGGGAAACAAAUGUGAAAACAAAACACAGUAGUAUCUGCUUCUACUAAACCCAGAAGAUCAUGAGUACUUAACCCUCACUGUGAAAUAAUUAUAUAUUUUACAAAUUAAUUCCUUCAGUAGCCAGUGUUUUACUGUGUUAUUAAAUCUCACCUUUUAGUAGUAGUUGCAACAUUUCUUUUUUAUUAUUAUUAUUUUUUAAAUUUAUUAGUAUUUGGUUAGUUGUGCUUUUAGCUAUUUGGCAUACUUUUCCUCCCUAAUAUUUAUGAAGUCUGUGUUUGUAUUAAAUGUAGUGGUUGGGUUCACAUUAAUAAUUCAUGUGUGGUCCAAGUGCACUCACUAAGAGGGUGUACACUGUGGUUACAGUCACCGUAGUUAUGGAUUUAUUAGCCGUGGGGUACUAUGCAGGUCAGCCAGUUCAAGGUGCUAUGGCUAACAGUGACUCUUCUGUUUCAGGCCUCGGGCCCCUGAGGGUCCCAAUGACUCAGGGAAUCCAUCACAGUCCAGGGCCCUUCAACCCAAUCACUCUAUGUUUGACCUACAUGAGCCGGGCCUGCCUUGUCCCAGCAGCUGAGGACCCAGGGUCUAAAUGAGCUGGUCUUUGUUUAUGUCCGGAUGAGUAAAUGUCCAGACCACUGAAGCCACAGCUGCUUUGCUGGCAGCCUUAUCUGCAGGGCCCAAACCUAAUAAACCCCAGGAAAUGGACUGUCAUCCUGUAUUUGCUGCCAGGUCUUGUUUGAGAUUCCGAGCGUAUGGUACGUGGGCGGUGGGAGGCGGAGCCCGCUCGCUUUUAUUUUCAACCUGCAGGCCCUCUGGCACCUUCUGUAAAACUCACAAUUUCUCAUGCACAGCACAGUUGCAUCUCUUAGCUGAUUCUUUUACACAGUGUAAAACCGGGGCCCAUUGAAAGUCUAGAAAAAAAACCCCACUGAUUGUAUCUACCACCUGCCUUUUUCAACGGUCGAAUAUCACCAAAAAAUGGUUACAGCCUGGACUUAAAGCAGUUUCACUGAAAAGUCUUUCAGUGAGAAAUGAAUAAAUGUUAUACAUUGUUAUGUUCAGUUAUGUCAAUAAACCCACUAAUAGAGAUGUCUGGUUGGAACUUCCAAA